UGUGUGUGUGUGUGUGUGUGUGUGUUUUAGAGGAUGUUUGCAGGCUUUACUGUGUUUUUCACUGUACAUGUCAUUUUCACUCUCUAAGCUUUUCACCAUGCAGCUCCUCAUCUUCAUCCAGAAACACAUGAGCAUGAGUGGAGAGUUGAAGUCAAGCCGCUCCCGGGCAGCCACGAAGAGGGCCUGCAACACCACUUMUGGAUCUGACUUCGACCUGGACUAUGACAGCUACCACAAGGACUACUAUGACAGGGCGUAUGACUAUCAGCGAGUGCCAGCUUCUCUCUCUCCUCCACCUUCGGGACCAAGCCUGGCCAAGAGAUCCCGUUCCUCCUCCUAUGUCAGUGGGCACAGGCGCARUCGAGACAGAACCCACUCCAAAAGCUCCAGAGGCCACUCCAAUCCUUCAAACACAAACAAGUUGGGCAUGGAGGAGUUGCAGGUGAUUAAAAAGGAGCUGACUCUGAUAAAGACACAGAUCGAUGGGCUGCUUGACAGUCUUGACAGGAUGGACUCACAGAGGAAUGACCACAAAGACUCUCUCCUUAGGGAGGACAGUCCGCUCGGUUCAUCGUAUGCUUUGUCAGUCAGCAGCCCGGAGCAUUCCCUCUCCUCCCUCUCCCCGCCCCCCUCCCGCCAUCGGAUCCUAAGGGAGAGCCCUGACCUGAAGAUGAGCGACCACAGCUCUGACCCCGAGGAGGAAAUAUGAGGGAGAAACGGGAGAAAACGGGGAAGACGUGGAUUCAAGUGCCAAACAUGGAGGAAGAGAACACAAACCCUCAAAAUAACAUGGCAGAGGCUCGAUGCAGGCUGUACAUAUCAGAUGAAGCACCACAUUUAUUUGUAUCGCAAUACAUGACCCCUACAAUAGGACGCAGUGAUUUGUUUUAAACAGGUGCACAUGCUUCUGAUUGACAAGAACUUUCCAGGCUUCCUAAGAGAAUGUGAUGCCGACAGAGAUCAUAUCUUUGGUAAUAAGGUUGGAGGUAAAGCUGUGAAUUCUAUUGUGAGAAAUGAGCUGCAUGAACAGCGCUGAACCAAACUGUUGCAGGAUUAAAGACGUCACUGUUCACUGAUUUAAUCACAAAUAUAAUCAGCUUAUCUGUGUAUUUUUUCUGUUCAAACAGACAACAAAUUCCAGCAUCAAAUGAUGAAUACACUGCUGCUUUAAAGGAGACGUCAUGCUUUUAAAUCCUUCUUUUUCACAUUGAAAUUCAGUUUUCAGCUUUGCUUUGAAUUCAUCCUUAUUGUAACUCCACGAGCCCCUUUUUCACCCCUUUUCUGAGGCAUCAACUCGUUUUGAGGCUGUCUCUUUAAAUUCAAACAAGGUGCUUCACACYACGGCCCACCUCCCAGCUUUUAGAGUGUUCCGUUUUAGUUCGACAGAGGGAUUUAUGAUACAGAAACUUUUUAUUUACAAACUGAUUAAAGUCAGUGACUGUUCUGUUGCAAAUUCUGUGAUGUAACAGUUCAGAAAACAUCAUAGGAAAUAAAGAAAACUGAACAUGCUGAAAAAUAUGACCCAAACAGAAUGAAUAUAAAGAGAAGAGAGACUAAUUUCACAUUUUCUGCACUCCUAUAGACUUUAAAUACACAACCAAAUUAAUUUAGCAGAUGAAGUGGAUUUUGCAUAAUAUGUCCCCUUUACAGUGUCUUCUAAACAUUUAACACAUAGAGCGAUAGAGGAUAACAAGUGAAAAUCAUGUGAUUGAGAGAUCAUUCUUGAUUAUUUGUGAUGAUAUCAGUAGCAAUAAACCAACAUUUCCUCUCCUUUUCUUGUUCUGUCAGGAUGCUCACAGCACUUUCUGUGUCCUUUAAUCUCGGCAGCUAUCUAAAUUUGGCGAGGACAGCCGUUUUGUACUGGCCAAAUAUAUGACUUAUGCACAGAUUAUAAAUUCAUGAUAAUUAAAGUAUAAUAACCAAUGAUUUAUAGCUGUUCUAUGGUAUACUGAAGUUGUGCACACUGGUAAUAGGAUAACAGUAAAAUUCUGAUAUACUGUGCAGCCCUCAAACUGAUGCUGUAUCAAACUAAUUGUCUGUUUAUACAUAGACAUACCAGAAUAUUUAAGAAAGCUUUUAGGAACCAUAAUUAGUGAAAAAUACCAGGUAAACUCUAAUUUGAAAAACACAGGUUUCUUUGUUUGUCUGUUUAUUUAUGAAGGUGYGGAUUUUGGGUGCAUUAGAAAUCCAGUGCAAAUCAUAUCAAACACAAACCCUUUAGCUUUUUCAUGUCACAUAAAAUUUAAAUAUUUGUUAUUUUUAACAUGUGUACGUCUAAAUUAUACUUCUCAUGUACAGAACUUUAAAAUAAUUCACUCUCUGUGUCUGAAAGUGCAGACUUUCAAAUGAAAACUUUCUGCAGGCGAGACGUUACUGUCAACUCAUACUCAUUCUUUGUUGAAGUGUCUCUAAAAGUUMUUUUCAUUCCAGGAGGAAAAUGUUUUCUUUUUGUAACUCUCUGUAUGAAUGACCAGUUAAACCUGAUUCAUCUUUCUGCAUUGAGUGUACUAUGGAAACUGUUACAGUCCUCUUCCUCUACAUAUUUGGCACUUUAAAGUGUGCAGAAGCCCAGGUCAGCGUGUAAUAUUGUGUAUUAUUGUAUAAUUUAUUGUAACUGUUUAAUCUCUUUAAAUUUAAUCUCGUUUUAGGACUUUUCAUGUGUUGAUUUUUUAAAAUGAAAAUAAUGAUGUUAAAUAUAACUGUAUAAUUCUGUUGUUGUUACAUGUUUCUGUUUGCACUGUUGAGAYAACCCAAGUGAAAAUACUCAUGGUCGCUGUAGUAAAAGUAUUUUUCAUAUCGACUAUAA